AUGGCUACCAACGACCAUUAUGAUCUCUUAAUCUUGACGGACGCCACAGCGUCCAUGAGCAGCUACCUGCAAGCUCUCAACAAGUCUCUGCCCGAAAUUAUUCGGAUAUCGGCUCUGACCGACUGCUUCGACCGGAUCGGAGUCAUGGCCUACCGCGACUACUCUGCCUCCAUGUUGACGGAGUGGUCAGGAUGGUACUCGGCAAACUCAACGGCCGACGACACAAUUACACAGGGCCAGCUGCUUCAGAAGGCCAGUCAUAUCAAGGCGGACUCUGGUCCUUACAGACUUGAUUGGCCCGAGGCUGCAAAGACUGGACUGGCCAGAGCCUACAGUAUCAUGCGUCCCGAAGCCACCACCAUCAUCAUCCUCUACGCCGACGCUCCUCCCCACAUCCCGGGAACGUCGUCCAAGUACAGAACCACCGAGAUCGAGAAUCUCUCCAAGCCUGAUUCCUUCUACGGCUGUGGAAAGUACUUUACCGAUUGGAUUGCCGGCGCCAAGACCCUUCGGGAUGGCGAGAAGAAGGCCAAGGUCUUUUCCGUCAUACAGGGCGGCAUCGAUGACACCGUCGCCCCCUUCACUUUCCUCUCACACAUCACGGGAGGAGUGAGCUUCAAGCUCGAUAACCAACACAACGUUCCCACAUCGGUCGCUAUCUCGGAGUUGACCACCGGCAUCCUGAUGGCCUGGAUGGGUGUAGGGAAGGAAGGCGGUGCAGCGUCCGGCCAGCGCACUUACGCCAAAGUUUGUCAGUAUCGAACAGCCUCCAACAUCGAGGAUAUCACAAGCGAAGAGGACGAGGCCGUCGAGUUAUAUUUUGUCAUCGCUAAACACAUGGAGCAAACUGUCGUGAACAACAUAGAGUCAACGCCCACCAAGCUUGAUAAAUUGCGGACGGUCGUUGAAGCUCGGGAAACUCCCCUCUCGGACUUCUCGAAUAGAUACAAAGCCGAUGAGGUCUAUCGCAGCUUUGUCGUUGGCCAACUCGAAACUUUGAUCGCAGCCGAUGUUGGCACCAUUGCCAUCAACCCUGUAUUCGGUAGCCUAUGGCGAGCCGUCUGCAACGAUCGCGACAACCCGGCUCGCGACGGACUCAUCCAGGCCUUUGGGUACUCUGUCGACCGCAUCCCCGAACCUGAGAAGAAGUCUCGGAUGAAGGCUUGGCUCGAGGAGUCCUACGACUACGCAGCUGAAAUCUCGGGAGCCAUUGACAAGGUGCCUGAACACCAGAGAUACCCCUGCGUGUUUCUCGAUCCCACUGAGCAAUUCCAGACCUCCACAGACGACAACGGCGAAGACGCCAACGCUGAUAAGCGUGCCGUCACAGAGUUUACACGAGAAGAACUCCUAGAGAUUGGUCGCUCGUGCGACAACCGUAUUCUCCGGAGGCUCGGCAGAGUCCUCACACGACUGACCUAUGUGGCCCGCGAAGAGGACCUGCCAGCUCACAUUAGAGCCGACCCCAAUGUCGCCCGGAUUCCCAUGGCCCUCUCGUCUGUUGACUAUCAGCGAAAGUUUUGGAAGAUUCUCUUACAUCUUAUACUUCCUGGGACCAUGCUGGCCGCUCGUCCAGCCGCGCUGCUUGCAGCCCUUGCCCUGCGCUUGGGUAUUCGGCCCCUCACAGCCACCGCAGACAGGGAACUACUCACUUUCACCACGAAGUGGAAUAACUUGGACAUUCCCGAGACCUGGAAUGCUAGCUGCCUCUCGCUGCUUCUAGAUGCCAACGAGGACUACGAGAGACGGGUCGCUCAAGGCGUAACACAGCGUCCAGCGCCAGAAACUUGUGUUCUCCUUCAGAGUGACCGACGUCUUUUUGAGACUCUGGUUGACUACAAGCUCCUUGAGUUGAACCUCAACACAACCCUACAGGCCAAGAUUGGAUGGCACCCUGACAAGUCCAAGGUAUCUCUUGGGCCCCUGGUCAUAUGCAAAAGAUGCGAAUUCCCCCGCUCAGUCACUAUAAUGGGGCCGGAUAACGUCUGUGGCCUCUGUCCUAAGAGCAACAAGUGUGACUGCAAGGUCUGUCAGACUGCCCCGGAUCAAGAGGCCCGUCUCCGAAACAACGUGACCCGUGGUGAUACCGAAAAGACCGAGGCAACGUGGGUCGAAUGUUUCACGCCAACAUGCCGUGCUCAGUACGUCGUCUAUAACCCUCAGGCUCUUAACGUACGGGCAAAAUGCUACUACUGCCGACACCAUGGAUCCGUCGCAGCUAAAGACGAGAAGAUUCCGCGCGAAGCUCCCUGUGUCGAAUGUUCGCAGUGUCGAAACCGGGUCAUCUGGACAGAGAUAUACCGUCCUUCCGACCUUGAUCUUUCGGUCUUCAAGUGCCCCGCCUGUACAUCCAACAGAGUUACCGUCAUCGAUUUCGAAACCUCAGCCAAGACACUCAGCGGCGAGAACGGCGUCUCGUGGCUCCUGCGCAACGACGAUUCGGCGAUCAAGGACCCCUUUAACGGCCGAUCUCUGUUCCACACCAUUUCUCAAGUAGAAGAAUCGCACCGGGAAUCGCUAGCAAAGAACGUUGAGAUCAUUCCAGCAGUACAGCAGCAAGCGCAACUCACGAUUCGCGGCAAGGCUAUCCAAAACCAGGAUGACAUUCUUGAGUCCCUUCGCAAGUGGGUAAAAUCUCGGCGCACUGAGGCUGGAGUCUGCAGUUUGUGCUUCUCAAACAUCCGAAAGACCGAUCUUCGGAACGCAUGUGGUCGCUCUGGCUGUCAUCAGCAGAUUUGCAACGGCUGUAUGAAAGACUGGUACGGACUCAAUGUCCGUGGAAGAUUGCUCAACCUCGCCGCUCUCUCCUGCCCCUUCUGCCGCCGACAGCCGACCGUCAAGACCGUCUCUAGCUUUGGUAUAUCCCACAUCGGCGACCUGCAGACCGCGGCUACGGACAAAGAGUGGAUAUACGGCUGGUGCAGAGACUGUGGCUUUGCCAAGAAGUAUGCUGAGCGGGUAUGCGCUGUUGGUGCUCCCGAAGUUUCGAACUGGUCAUGUGAUGAGUGCAAGGAGAUUCAGAUGCAGGGCGCCCAGAGGCUCAAAGUUCGCGACUGUCCCGGCUGCGGUACAGUUACGGAGAAGAUGGGCGGAUGUGACCAUAUCACAUGUACCGUCCCGGGUUGCAAUGCUCAUUGGUGCUUCGCCUGCGGCGAGAACGUUGGCGAAGAAGACAUCUACGAUCACAUGAGCUAUGCUCACGGAGGCAUGUGGGGAGGUUAUCACGCGGAUGAGGACGAUUAUGACUAUGGCUACGACGAUGAGUUCGAUUAG